GGGCAGGUUAUAGUAGCGGGAUAAAGUUGAAUUUUGUCAGGUAAUCAUGGCUGGCGUUUUAGCAACUGAGAGAACUCUUCCUGGCUUUUCUUUCGAAAAUUGUAAAAGGAACUCCACCCUAUUGCAACAAGGAUUUAAACCUCCUACUGCCCAGAAGACUGGUACAACUAUUGUUGGAAUCGUAUACAGAGAUGGUGUUAUCCUUGGAGCUGAUACGAGAGCAACAGAAGGUAGCACAGUUGCUGAUAAGAAUUGCUCCAAAAUACAUUUCCUUGCUGACAACAUCUAUUGCUGUGGUGCUGGUACUGCUGCCGACACUGAAAUGACCACUAUGACAAUAAUGUCACAAUUGGAAUUACAUCGCCUUAAUACUGGGCGCCCAGUCAGAGUUUCUACUGCCAAGCAGCUUUUGAAACAACUUCUCUUCAGGUAUCAGGGGCACAUUGGAGCAGCUCUUGUAGUUGGUGGUGUUGACGUAACCGGACCUCUUCUUUAUUCUAUACAUCCUCAUGGCUCCUCUGAGUGCUUACCGUUUACAACUAUGGGCUCGGGAUCUCUUGCUGCUAUGACGGUACUCGAAUCAUCAUGGAAGCCCGAUUUGACGGAAGAAGAAGGUAAAGUAAUUGUCCGUAAUGCCAUUGCUGCUGGUAUAUUCAAUGACCUUGGUUCUGGAAGCAACGUGGACGUUUGCAUCAUCCGCAAAGGUUCUGUUGAUUAUAUUCGCCCCUUUGAUAUCGCUAAUCUAAAAGGACAGAAGCAAAAUAAUUAUCGCUUCCGUCGAGGCACUACAGGAGUUCUUUCAACUAGAAUAAUCCCUUUGGUGACAGAAUCAGAAGAAAUAAAGAAAACUGAAGUAGAAUCGAUGGAUACAUCUGCUUGAUCACUUUAUAUAAAGAACAUUAUUACAUUAUACUUAUAUUGUUUCUAUUUUAUCUUUCUAGAAGUGAAAAAUAAAUAAUAUUUCU